GGGCGUCCGCCGAGCAGGGGCCGUCCCUGGCCGUCCGCGGUAGCGGCUCCUGAGCGACAGGAGACAGCCAUCACCCCUCCCUCUUUUGAGGAGGGCAGGGAAAUCUUUUGCUCAGGUCACCUGUUGGAUAGUGAUCCAGAUGUGAGAUAAUUAGAGAAAAAACUACCAACUUUCUUGCUUUUAAAGACAAUUUCCAAAAGACUUCUUAGUUUUGGAAUAAUUAAGACAAAGGAAGAAAACAUGCUUUAUAUCUGCAAAAGAAGGAAGAUUCUUCAAUCACAAUGUCAUCCAACCAGGACAUUUCUCUGUCUUCAUAUGAUGAAGGUCAAGGAUCUAAACUUGUUCGAAAGGCUAAAGAGGCACCAUUUGUCCCCAUUGGAAUGGCGGGUUUUGCGGCAAUUGUUGCAUAUGGAUUAUACAAAUUGAAGAGCAGAGGAGAUACUAAAAUGUCCGUUCACCUUAUCCACAUGCGCGUGGCAGCCCAAGGUUUUGUUGUGGGAGCAAUGACUCUUGGUAUGGGCUAUUCCAUGUAUAAGGAAUACUGGGCAAAACCUAAACCGUAGAAGAGAUCCUGUGUUGGUCUUGGUGGUACUUACUUUAAUUAGACAUCUCAUAUUGAGGUUAUAUGAUUGUAUUGAAAGUUAUUUGAACGGGUCAAACAAUAACACGGUAAUUGGAAUAUUGACUUCCUUUCUUGCAGACUUGAUUUACCUGAUAAUGAAAUUACUAGUGAGUAGUUUACUAGCUGGGUCAUUCAGGGGAGUCAAAUUAGCACCAAAAAACAUGUAAGCGCUUGAUGGUGGUAAACCAUUCACCUUCUAAACUUUUCUGAUGAAAUCAGUUCUAAAUAAGACAACCGUCCAAUUCUAAAGUACUCCCAAUUGCUAUAAGAUAUUAUCUACCCCAGUUAAUUUAAUUUGUUCCUGCCUGCCUCAUGGACUGAGCAGUACUUCAGUUUUUAGGUCUGGUUGGCUCUUGAAAUAAUAAUGUAGUGCAUGGAUUGUGCCAUCAUAGGCCUUCCCCCCAACUGAAAAUGUGUGUGUGUUUAAACCAAACCUAAAAAGCUGACAAGAACUGCCUUAUUUAAAAAGUAUACUUGUAAACGUGAAAAAAACUUAAUUAUGGGUUCCAGUUUAGCGCUUUUGUAAUUCAGAAUUAUAUUUUUGCUGCUGUUAUUUAGAAUAGUUUUUAGAUGUCAUCUUAAAACAGAAGUGUAUUUUAAGCCCUAAUUUAAAGGUAAAUGAACAAUACUUUUUCAGUGUGCCGUAUGUUUAUUUCCUCUGUAAGAAUCAUAAAUGCUAAACUAAAAUUACUUAAUGGAAGUGGUUAAAGCAGGUUUGAUCCAAUGUUAUAUAAACUUUGAGAUACUACAGAAUGCUUUAUUGCAUUUGUGAUAUUCUCUUGUCUCACCUGAAUUUACAUUCCAUGGUGAUACAUGGUAAAUGUAAUGUGUUAUUAAAGUAAGUGAACACAUCCGAUAUCUUCUGUUUAUUUCAAAUUAGAAAAAUAAAACAUUCCUGAAAACACCAUAAAAGUUAAUUUUCAAGAAAAGAUAGAAACAUUUCGUACCUUUGGUAGGAACCACAGGUAAAGAAUAUCUACCAAAUAGGAAUAAUAGCUAACAUUUAUUGAGCAUUUUCUAUGUGUCACACAUUGCUCUAAGCAUUUUUCAUCUGUCAUUUAAGAUCCUAGCAACCCUAAGGAGUUGCUAGUUCACAUAGCAAGAGAUUUGGGACAUGAACAGGUGAAAUAAUCCAAGGUCGCACAAGCUCAAAAGGAUUAUAGGUCUGGACCUGGAACCUAGGCACUGGAGAGGUAGGUCUUUCAUAGUGAUAAAGAAUUGUAGUGUUAGUCUUUGUGGAAUUCAUACUGGAAUACAGCCGGUGUCACAAAUUAAUAAAACGAGACAAGAAGUCUUAACUCACCACUGACUGUAUAGCCAGCACCAAAUCAGUGUUUACUCAAUCUUAACUAACUAAAAACUUAAGGUAAUUUCUAUAGUCCUGUCUAAUAGAUCUUUACAUGGGUCUGUGAGAAAGUACUUUAAAAAUGUAAGAUACAAUCAAAAUCAACAAACAACUAUGAACCAGAGAUACUCUAUGGGGUGUGGGG